GCGUGCUGCUGGGAAUUGUUUGGAGGCUGGCGGUGCGGUGCUGACGAUCUUCAGGCUGAGCGAUCAUGUCGCACAAACAAAUUUACUAUUCGGACAAAUACGACGACGAGGAGUUCGAGUACCGGCAUGUUAUGUUGCCCAAGGACAUAGCCAAGUUGGUCCCUAAAACCCAUUUGAUGUCUGAAUCUGAAUGGAGGAAUCUUGGUGUUCAACAAAGUCAGGGAUGGGUCCAUUAUAUGAUCCAUGAACCAGAACCUCACAUCUUGCUGUUCCGGCGGCCACUGCCCAAGAAGCCAAAGAAAUGAAGCUGGCAAGCCACUAUUCAGCCUCUAGCUUUACACAGCUGUCCUCACUUGCUGACAUCUUUCUGAUAACAUUAUGUUGCCUUCUUGUUUCUCACUUUGAUAUUUAAAGGAUGUUUAAAAUACUGUUUGAAAUGUGCUGGUGACUGCUUUGCUUCUUGAGCAGAGCCAAUAGCAGCAUGGCCCAGCCAGAAGAGUGCUCUUUGGGCUGCAGCCUCUGCUGAGUGUGACCCCAGAAACCAUGGUGAGCUCUGUAUCCAGAACACACUUCGCAGAUGGAGGAAGCAUCUGAGAAUAAGACCAUGGCUGUUACAGGGAUUGUAUAAACUUGCUUUUUGUUAUUUUCCAGCCAAGAGUAUGUAUGGUGAUUUACGUUUCAUUGUUUUGGAAACUUUCCAUUUUAUUCAAGAACCCUGUUUCAUGUUAAAAGCCUUGAUUAAAGAGGAAGUUUUUUAUAAUCUAA